AUGGAAAGCACAGACGCUUUAAAACUUGCAAGACAAUUGGAGAAUGAUCUCAUUAAGAUUGGAUAAAUGGAAGGCUAAACUACUGUUUACGAUGCUCCUUUCCCUCUAGUAUUAGUUCCAGCUUAACACAAAUUGAAUUUCCUUUAACUUCAAGAAUUUUUCUUAAAGAACAAUGAGAAGAUUCUUGAAUGUGCAUCACAAUAUGGUGCUGUCAUGUUCAAAGGUUUUGAUAUCCUUUCCCCUGAAGAGUGGGUUUCAGUCCUCUAUAAAUCAGGCUUGAAAGAAGUUUAAUAUAUUGGGGGUGCUGCAGUUAGAAAAGUAGUGGUUGGCAAUGAAUCAAAUGAACUCAAGAAUCUAUAAGUCGUGACAACUAAUGAAAGUCCUGCAUCUCAGCCCAUUCCAUUCCAUCAUGAACUUGCUCAGACACCAUUCCCACCCUCUCACAUAUGCUUCUAUAGUCACACUAAAGCUCUAAGUGGCGGCUCAACCCCAAUAAUAAGAUCGGAUAUAGUUAUUGAUUUCAUAUAAGCUAAUUAUCCAGAUUUAGUAACAAGAUUUGAAAAAGGAGUUAAAUACAUUAGAAGAGUGCCUGAGGUUGAUGAUCCUUCAUCAGCUAUUGGAAGGUCCUGGAAAUCUAUGUUUAAAGUUACUAAUUAAGAAGAGGCUGAGGAGAAAAUGAAAGAAUAAGAAUACGACUGGGAAUGGAUUAAAGUUGAAGAUGGAACUCACGAUUGUAAAGUUAUUUCAAAGGUAUUGCCAGCAGUAAGACAAAGCACUAAUGGAAGAAAAACAUUCUAUAAUCAAAUAUUGGCUGCCUACACUGGAUGGGUUGAUAAAAGAAAUGAGUAUGGCCAUGCUGUUGUCUUUGAUGAUGGGUCUUUGAUCCCCUAAGAUUUUAUAGUAGCUCUUGAAAAAUUUAUGAAUGAUAAUGCUUGUGUAUAUGAAUGGAGUGAGGGAUAGUUUGUAAUUAUUGACAAUAGUGUCACUUAUCACUCAAGACAACCAUUUGUUGGUAGAAGAGUAGUCUAUGCAUCAAUUGCUAAUGGCAAAAAACAAAUUGAUCUUAACCAACCAUCAUUAGUCCUGUCUAACGGGGAACACAUGCCAUCAAUUGGUCUUGGUCUCUGGAAAAUUCCAAACUAAGAUUGCGAAAGAAUUGUUCACUAAGCACUCAAGCACGGUUAUAGAUGCCUUGAUUCUGCAUGUGAUUAUGGAAAUGAACAAGAGGUCGGAUUGGGCAUUAAAAAAUCACUUGAUGAAGGUGUCUUAAAAAGAGAAGAACUUUGGAUUACAUCCAAGUUAUGGAACACUUAUCAUAGAAAAGAACAUGUCAAGGCUGCAUGCCUCAGAACACUAAAGGAUUUGGGAGUUGAUUACCUAGAUCUCUACCUUAUUCAUUUCCCAGUUGCUUUGAAAUUUGUACCUUUUGAAUAAAGAUACCCACCAGGUUGGAAUCAUCAUGAUACUCCUCAAGAACAGCCUGACAUGCUUGAGGAUAAUGUACCAUUUGAGGAGACUUGGAGAGCUAUGGAAUCUCUUGUUGAUGAAGGGCUAGUAAGAAAUAUUGGAAUGUGUAAUGUUGGAACCUCCCUUCUUAGAGAUGUUUUGAAUUAUGCAAGAAUCAAGCCCACAGUAUUAUAAGUUGAGAUGCAUCCAUAUAAUACUCAACAAAAAUUACUGAGAUUCUGCAGAAUGAGAGGAAUUGCAGUAACAGCAUUUAGUAACCUAGGUGCUGGUUCAUACACAACAAUUGGAAUGGCCACUAUGGAAGAGUCUUGCUUGAAUGAGUAGGUGAUAAAAGAUGUUGCCAAUAAUCAUAAUAAGACUCCAGCUUAAGUUGUUUUAAGGUGGGGACUUCAAAGAGGAACAUAGAUUAUUCCAAAAACUACUCAUGAACAAAGAUUGAAGGAGAACUUUGAUUUAUUCAAUUUUAAUCUUUCAGGUGACGAGAUGAAUGCUUUAGAUAAUUUAAACAAGAACAGAAGGUUCAAUGAUCCUGGUGAUUUCUGUGAAGCAGCUUUCAAAACAUUCUUCCCUAUCUAUGAUUGA